GAGAUGAGUAGGAUACCAUUUGGAGAGCGGAAAGCCUUGAAAGUGAUCAGAUCGAGAGCACUGUAUACAUUGCCAAAUGCGUAGUGUUACGUAAACCGCGAUCUACUUGUUUGCUACCACCAUGUCGCUCAUCGUUGGUUAUUCCUCGGACGAGGACGGAGAGCCUGUAAUCUCUACUAACGAUGCUUUUGGGCUCUCAGGUUUGCCAGUCGCGAAGAAACCGCGAGUGGAAGAUCCAGUGUCACCUCCGACUUUGGAGGCAGCACCCGAUGUUCUUGCUGAAGACCCGCUUCACCAUACGUCCUUGGUCACUCGACCGACGGACACGCAAAUGAAUGUCAAUAUCCCGUACUCCGACAUGACUCUACCCCUUCAAGGUCCAGAAAACCCAUUUGGCGAUCGAAACCGUUUCCUAAACCAGAAUGCCUUGGCUGGACAUGUCGAGGAACAAGCCAUGACAGAGCACGCUUUCCGACAACAACACUUAACACAUUCCAUCCUUGGUUACUCUGCUAACCCAUCCGUCGACUCGAAUGCGCCUGCCAUCCUGGGUUCUCUUGAGAAAGCCCAAGCUAACGGGUUCGGUACCAUCGACACCAUCAAAGCACCAAAAUCUACAAAGAAAGAUCUCAAGCGGAAGAGGAAACCGAAAGGUGAUGUAGAGAUUGUUGACGGUGAAGGCUCAUAUGAGGGUCCUUGGGCGUCGUGGAAGGGAGAAGAACCACAAGGCGCGUUCCCAGAAGGCGUCGAAGCGGAGGAAGAAGAGGAAGAAGAGGAAGAGCCAGAGGAACAAGUGCAAACGAGAAAAGCGAAACCCAAGCGCGGUGCACCUGGUUUGGAGUCCUCCGUAUUUCAUGGCAAGUCUUUGGUUGACUACCAAGGACGAACGUAUAUGUAUCCGCCAUAUUCGGAGGCUCCGCAGUUACAACACGAACCCGGAUCCCAGGAGACAUUCAUUCCGAAGCGGUGUAUUCAUACAUGGACCGGCCACACACAGGGUGUAUCAGUUAUUCGACUGUUCCCGAAUACUGGUCAUCUGCUAUUGAGCGGUUCCAUGGACACAAAAAUCAAGCUCUGGGAUGUCUAUACACAUGGUAAUUGUUUGCGAACGUUCCACGGGCACAUGAAACAUGUCAAAGACCUAACAUUCUCGAACGACGGACGAAGGUUCUUGUCAUGCGGUUAUGAUCGUCAAAUCAAACUGUGGGACACAGAGACUGGCCAAUGUAUCAAGCGUUUCAGUAAUGGCAAGAUCCCGUACGUCGUCAAAUUCCACCCUGACGAAGACAAACAACAUAUCUUCCUGGCCGGUAUGUCGGACAAGAAAAUCAUUCAAUAUGAUAUCAACUCUGGCGAGAUAACGCAAGAAUACGAUCAACAUCUCGGACCUGUAAAUACUAUCACCUUCGUCGAUGAGAACCGUCGGUUUGUCACCACGUCGGACGACAAGACUAUCCGUGCAUGGGACUUCGACAUCCCGGUUGUGAUCAAAUACAUCGCGGAACCACACAUGCACUCCAUGCCAGCAGUGACGCUUCAUCCGAGCAAGAAAUACUUUGCCGCACAGUCCCUCGAUAACCAAAUCCUCGUGUACAGCACGGACAAUUUCCGGCAGGCGAGGAACAAGCGUUUCGCCGGACACUCCGUCGCAGGCUACGCUUGUCAAGUAGGCUUCUCCCCUGAUGGAAAAUGGAUAAGCAGCGGCGACGGUGAAGGCAAUGUGGUGUUCUGGGAGUGGAAGACUGGCCGAAUCAAGUCACGUCUUAAGGCACAUUCCAAGGUUGUGAUAGCUCAUGAAUGGCUGCCUCAUGAUACGUCUAAAGUAGUCACGGCGUCGUGGGAUGGGCUCAUCAAGCUUUGGGAUUGAUUACGUCCGUGUAUGUAUGCAUGUUUUGUAUAAUAUCUGACAUUGCGGUGUGUGCUAUGACAUCAUUUGCACUUUCAUGUUCGAUUUUAUGUGCCGCUAGUUCCUCGAUGAAUCGACGGACAUGUACAGCAGACAUUCGUAAAUUGUGACUCACCAAAGCCCUGUGGUGGAGCUGGGUGCAUGAAUCGCUAUUUUUGUGUGAUCCAGGGGAAGGGCUUCGUGGCAUGAACUUACGGCUACAAUACAUGGCACAUGCCGAUGCGAGGGACACUUCACUUUUAAUCAUGCCGUAUGCGAUGGCACCUCGAUUGGCAAACGC